AAUGAAAAUCAAAUCAAAUAAAAAUUCAAGUUUGAAGUUGUUGUUGUUGAAUGUUGAGUGUUCUAUAAUUAUUUAAUUUUAAUACUGUUGUUUUUCAAAGCGCUGUGUGAAUUUUGUUAUUAAAACUUAACAUUUUAUAAUACAACUAUGGCAGAUAGAUUAACGCAAUUGCAAGAUACAAUUAAUCAGCAAGCUGAACAUUUCUGCAACAGCAUAGGUAUCUUACAACAGUUCUCAAUACCAAGCAAGUUUCCCGGGUUCGAGAGGAGUGGGUCACAAACUCCACAACAGCAACAGAAUCAGGAGGACUAUGCAAUGUUAUUUGCAACGCUUAUCUCCCGCUGCGCUAAAGACAUUGACACCCUUAUAGAGUCAUUGCCCAGUGAGGAGAGUUCUACAGAGCUCCAGGUGCAAAGCUUAAGGCGAUUAGAGGCAGAAAAUAAAGAAGCAGCAGAACAAUUGGAAGAAGUUGUCCGCCAAGGUGAGAUACUGCUUGAGAAGAUACAAGGCGCCCUAAGUGAUAUUGCACAGAGUCAGCUUGAUAUGCAAAAUCCAGCAUUAAUAUUAAAUAAGGAUGUGAAACCUCAAUUAUAGGAUUUAAGAAGACCUGGCACAUAUAGGCUAUAGCCAGUGAUUCAUAUCUCAUAAAACUUAUUAUAUAACUACUUAAUUAUAGUUAAUGAUAAUAUAAACUUUAGAAUACAUAA